GGUCUUAUUGCAGAGAUGAAGUUGUUCCUGGCCCUGCCAGGGCUCCUGGCCAUCUUAGCUGCACUCCCACCCUCUGAGGGUGCCGCUCCAGCUUUCCUGGGGGAGGUGGAGACCUCGAUGGUGCUGACCUGCAUGGAGGAGGCCAAGCAGCUAGUGGACAAGGCUUACAAGGAGCGGCGGGAAAGCAUCAAGCAACGCCUUCGCAGCGGUUCAGCCAGCCCCAUGGAACUCCUGUCCUACUUCAAGCAGCCGGUGGCAGCCACUAGGACGGCUGUGAGGGCAGCAGACUACCUGCACGUGGCCCUAGGCCUACUGGAGCAGAAGCUGCGGCCUCUGUGGCGAAGGCCCUUCAACGUCACUGACCUGCUGACGCCCUCCCAGCUGAACCUGCUCUCGAAGUCCAGCGGUUGCGCCUACCAGGAUGUGGGGGUGACGUGCCCUGAGAACGAUAAGUACCGCACCAUCACCGGCAAAUGCAACAACAGACGCAGCCCCACACUGGGGUCUUCCAACCGCGCCUUUGUGCGCUGGCUGCCUGCAGAGUACGAGGACGGCUUCUCGCUGCCCUUCGGCUGGACGCCCGGGGUCAAGCGCGGCGGCUUCCCCGUGCCCCUGGCUCGCGCGGUCUCCAAUGAAAUCGUGCGCUUCCCCACGGAGCAGCUGACCCCGGACCAGGAACGUGCACUCAUGUUCAUGCAGUGGGGCCAGCUGAUCGACCAUGACCUCGACUUCACCCCGGAGCCGGCUGCCCGGGUCUCCUUCGUCACUGGCGUCAACUGUGAGACCAGCUGCCUGCAGCAGCCACCCUGUUUCCCACUCAAGAUCCCGCCCAAUGACCCCCGAAUCAGCAAUCAGGAGGACUGCAUCCCCUUUUUCCGCUCCUGCCCAGCCUGCACCCAGAGCAAUAUCACCAUCCGCAACCAGAUCAACGCUCUCACCUCCUUUGUGGAUGCCAGCAUGGUGUAUGGCAGCGAGGACCCCUUGGCCAGGGACCUGCGUAACCUGACCAACCAGUUGGGGCUGCUGAAGGUCAACAACCGCUUCACUGACAAUGGCAGGGCCCUGCUCCCCUUUGACAAUCUGCAUGACGACCCCUGUCUCCUCACCAACCGCUCUGUGCGAAUCCCCUGCUUCCUGGCAGGGGACACUCGCUCCAGUGAGAUGCCUGAGCUUACCUCCAUGCACACCCUAUUUUUGCGUGAGCACAACCGACUGGCCACAGAGCUCAAGCGCCUAAACCCCCACUGGGAUGGAGAGCGGCUCUACCAGGAAGCCCGGAAGAUUGUGGGUGCCAUGGUGCAGAUCAUCACUUAUCGGGACUACUUGCCCCUGGUGCUGGGGCCAACCGCCAUGAGGAAAUACCUACCCCAAUACCGUGGCUACAAUGACUCGGUGGACCCUCGCAUCUCUAAUGUCUUCACCAACGCCUUCCGCUAUGGCCACACCCUCAUCCAACCCUUCAUGUUCCGCCUGGACAAUCAGUACCAGCCCAUCAGCCGUGUCCCGCUUAGUGAAGUGUUUUUUGCCAGCUGGAGGGUAGUGCUGGAAGGUGGCAUUGACCCCAUCCUCCGGGGCCUCAUGGCCACCCCUGCCAAACUGAAUCGCCAGAACCAGAUCGCGGUAGAUGAGAUCCGGGAGCGAUUGUUCAAGCAGGUCAUGAGGAUUGGGCUAGACCUGCCAGCUCUGAACAUGCAGCGCAGCCGGGACCAUGGCCUCCCAGGGUACAAUGCUUGGAGGCGCUUCUGUGGGCUCCCUGAGCCCGACACGGUGGGUAAGCUGGGCACUGUGAUGAAGAACCUGGACCUAGCACAGAAGCUCAUGGCCCAAUAUGGCACACCCGAUAACAUCGACAUCUGGAUGGGUGGUGUGGCUGAGCCUCUGCAGCACAAUGGCCGUGUGGGCCCGCUCCUUGCCUGCAUCAUUGGGACCCAGUUCAGGAAGCUCCGAGAUGGUGAUAGGUUUUGGUGGGAGAACAAGGACGUGUUCAGCAGGCAGCAGAAGCAAGCCCUGGCCAAGAUCUCCCUGCCCCGCAUCAUCUGUGACAACACAGGAAUCACCACCGUGUCAAAGAACAACAUCUUCAUGUCCAACAAGUUCCCCCAGGACUUUGUCAACUGCAGUACACUCCCUGCAUUGAACCUGGCUGCCUGGAGGGACAAGGCCUAGGGGCUGGGUAAGGGGAUGCAGCAUGCAAGGUGAGCCUGCUGGGCCAACCAAUGUGGACCACAGAGAUCUCCCUUACGCAAGACGGAGCUCAUCCCUGUACUAGGUGUCAGCCAAGAAAGAUGAGUGACUAGACAUGCAUUCAUGUGUCACUAUGUAUGUG